AUGGCUGCUCACUUCGCCAACGUCAAGUCGGUCCUCAGCGGAGACACCUUUGUUCUCUCCAGCCCAAACAACCCUUCGCAAGAAAAGACAUUCUCUCUUGCUUAUGUCUCUGCUCCUCGGCUCAGCAAGGACGGUGAUGAGCCGUACGCUUUCCAGUCCCGCGAAUUUCUCCGGAAUUUGACCGUCGGAAAGCCAAUCAAGUUCACUGUCUUGUAUACCAUCCCCAACUCGGGCCGGGAAUACGGUACUGCUCAGCUUCAAGACGGCACCACUUUCCCAGAAGCGUCUGUCAAGGCUGGUUGGCUCAAGGUUAGAGAAGAUGCUGGUAGAAAGGAAGAGUCCGAGGCUGCCCUGGCCAUGAUCGACACUCUCCGAAUCUACGAGAGCGAGGCCAAGGACGAAGGCAAAGGUCUUUUUUCCGGCUCUGGCGGUGUUAUUGAGGUCCAAAACGAUCUCGGUGGGCCUGACUUCCUCAACAAGUGGAAGGGAAAGACGGUGGAGGGCGUUAUCGAGCGCGUUAUUAGCGGCGACCGAUUGCUCGCUCGCCUACUCCUCACCGAGAAGAAGCAUUGGCAAGUCAUGACUCUGAUUGCUGGCAUCCGCACCCCAUCGACGGCCCGAACGAACCCAUCCAACGGACAAGUCCAGCCGGCCGAGGAGUUUGGAGAUGAGGCCCGCGCCUUUGUCGAGUCUCGCCUCCUUCAGCGCCAGGUCAAGGUCAAGAUUGUGGGUGUGAGCCCACAAGGACAGCUGGUUGCCGCUAUCUUGCACCCCCGCGGAAACAUUGCCGAGUUCCUUCUUCAAGAAGGUCUCGCUCGCUGCAAUGACUUCCACUCCACCUUCCUUGGCCCCGAUAUGGCUCCUCUUCGGGCCGCAGAGGAGCAGGCCAAGUCUGCCCGUAAGCGCCUCCACAGAGCGUUUGUUCCCAAGGCUACCGACAACAAGGAGGCUGAGGCCACCGUCACGAAGAUUGUUGGCGGCGAUACCAUCAUUGUUCGUAACAAAACCGGUGCCGAGAAGAGAAUCAGCUUGAGCAGUGUCCGCGGGCCCCGUGCCGGGGAGGCUUCAGAGGCACCAUGGAGAGAGGAGGCCAAGGAGUUCUUGCGCAAGAAGCUCAUUGGCAAACAUGUCAAGGUGUCUGUCGACGGGACAAAGCCUGCUACUGAUGACUUUGAGGCUCGUGAGGUUGCCACCGUUACCCAGGGCGGCAAGAACAUCGGUCUGCAGCUUGUCGAGGGCGGUUACGCCACUGUUAUCCGUCAUCGCAAGGACGAUACUGACCGCGCUCCCAACUACGAUGAGCUCUUGGCCGCUCAAGAAAAGGCUCAGGAGGAGAAGAAGGGUAUCUGGUCCGGCAAGUCUCCCAAGGUCAAGAACUACGUUGAUGUGUCAGAGAGCGUCCAGAAGGCCAAGAUCCAGGUUUCUACUCUUUCCCGGCAAAAGAAGGUCCCUGGCAUCGUCGAUUUCUGCAAGUCUGGCUCCCGCUUCACCAUCCUCAUCCCCCGCGAGGGCGUGAAGCUCACCCUCGUUUUGGCCGGCGUUCGUGCCCCCCGUGCGCCUGGUAGAAAUGCGCAGGAGAAGGGUGAGCCCUUUGGCCAGGAGGCCUUGGACUUGGCCAAUAAGCGUUGCAACCAGCGCGACUGCGAGAUUGAUGUUCAUGACAUCGACAAGGUUGGCGGCUUCAUCGGUGACCUCUACGUUAACCGUGAGAGCUUUGCCAAGAUUCUUGUCGAGGAGGGUCUUGCCUCCGUUCAUGAGUACUCUGCUCAGAAGGCCGGCAACGCUUCCGAACUGCUUGCUGCCCAACAGCGUGCCAAGGAGGCCAGAAAAGGUCUCUGGAAGGACUGGGAUCCGUCUCAGGAUGCCCAAGAGGAGGAAGAGGCCGCCCCUGCCGAGUCUGCUGAUGUUGAUGUCACCAUUGACAAGAAGCCAGAGGACUACCGCGAUAUUGUCAUCACCAAUGUUGACUCCAACGGCCGGAUCAAGGUCCAAGAGAUUGGCAAGGGCACCGCUGCUCUUGAGACGCUGAUGAACAAGUUCCGCAGCUUCCACCUGAACCCCAGCAACAAUGCUGGCCUCAAGGACAGCCCCAAGGCUGGAGACUUUGUUGCUGCCAAGUUCACUGAGGACGGUGAAUGGUACAGAGCGCGCAUCCGCUCCAACGAUCGCACCGCGAAGGUGGCUGAGGUUGUGUACAUCGACUAUGGCAACACCGAGAAGCAGCCAUGGUCCAAGCUCCGUCCCCUGAGCCCAGAGUUCAACACCCAGGCUUUGAAGGCCCAGGCGAUUGAUGCUCAGCUCUCGUUUGUCCAGCUUCCCGCCUCCCCCGACUACCUCAACGACGCCAUCAACUACAUCUACGAAAUCACCGAGGGCAAGCAGCUUGUAGGCAGCUUCGACUUCAUUGACUCCAAGGAGGGCGUCAGCUACAUCACGAUCUAUGACCCCAAGGCUGAGGGUUCCCACAAGGUCACCGAGUCCCUCAAUCGUAGGAUCAUUGAGGCUGGAUGGGGCCUUGUCCCACGGAAGUUUAAGCGUUGGGAGAGCAGCAAGGCUUUCGAGUCUCUGGUGAAGAAUCUCAAGGAGGCUGAGAAGGUGGCGAGUGAUGCCCAUCGGGGUAUGUGGGAGUACGGUGAGCUCUAUGAGGAUUGAGAGGGGGUGGUUCUGGGCACGGGCAUAAAGAGUGUGGGGGUUGGUGCCCGUUAGGUGUGGGCGAUGACCGGGAGCUACUCCACGGGUUGUGGACGGACUACUCUUAGCAGGCAGGUUCGGGUUUGCGUAAUGCUAGGUCAUCAUCAUUAUUAUCAUCAUCAUUGGUAGAAUAAAAGUACUAAGUUGUGUUUGAUGUUCAUAUGGCAUAUGUCAGGAGUCGGUGAUGGUGUUGUAAGACA